GUCCGAGUCACAUUUGGUUUUUCCUACUGGGAAUCCGUACACAGACUCAAAAGCAACUCUUUCUCUUCUCUCCACUGCCGCUCUCGCUAUCUCUCUCUCUCUCCCUUUCUCUGUUUCCAUUAGCCAAUCGCAAGCAAGCACUGUUUCUUUUCUUAUUUCUCCUUUUUUCGUUUCUGUAAUCCAAGAAGCGUAAUAUAUAUAUAUAUUAUAUAUUCCAGACCAAAUGAAAGGGAAGAGGAAGGCAGCCGCAAGCCCCAAUACGGCACCCUUGAGUGAUGCCAUGGAAGACUGUAACAAUAGCAUGGCAGUGGUUCUCGCUCAAGUAGGAAAUGCUACAGAGGAAGAGAAAGAGGGAGAAAAAGAUGUGAUUGAUGAUGGUGAUAAUAAUGGGGAGAAUCGAGAGGAAGGUGAAGGAGAGCAAGAGGAAGAGGAAGAGGAAGAAGAAGAUGAAGAGGAAGAGAAAGGAGAAGAAGAAGAGAGGCCUAAACUCGAUGAGGGUUUCUUUGAAAUCGAGGCUAUUCGCCGAAAACGAGUCCGCAAGGGUCAGCUCCAGUAUCUUAUAAAAUGGCGAGGCUGGCCAGAAACUUCCAAUACCUGGGAGCCCUUAGAGAAUUUGCAGUCUUGUUCUGAUGUUAUUGAUGCAUUUGAGGAGAGCUUACGAUCAGGCAGAUCUUCAAGAAAGAGGAAACGAAAAUACGGGGGUACGCAUAUUCAGCCGAAGAAGAAGCAGCCUCGUUCCUCUGUUGGCUAUAACAUAACAGGUUUUGAAAUAAAAGUAGAUAAACCUUUAUCCUCCUCUCCUCUGAAUAAUCUGAGCCUCGCCGAUCCACCUAUCGGUUCAGGUCAUGAAGGGGAGAACAAUGGAGAUGUCAACAACGUCAAAACAGCCAAGAAAGCUGAUGAGAAUGGGUAUGCUGGUGGUUCUAAACAAACUUUUGACAAGAAAGCGGAUAAUGAAUAUGACCCAAAGCUUAGUGAGCUGAGAGGAACAGUGCCCACCAAUGAUGCAAAUGCAGAAAAGAUAGCCAUACAUUUCCAAGAAGGGAAUGCUUCAAGAGGUGAUGGUUCUGCAAAUGAGCUUCCCAAGGUCGAUUAUGCAGAUGCUAUUCAGAAUGGUCGCCGCACAGGUGCUAAGAGAAGGAAGUCUGGUUCUGUAAAGAGGUUUAAAAAGGACUUGGACAUGUGUGAAUCCGUUUGCUUACAAAGUUCACCAUUUUUCUUACAAUCUUCACCAUUCAAUGUCUCUGUUGGCUCUGAUGGUGCAAAAGCACAUAUGGGCACUCAAAAUGGGAAUUUAGCCGGGACUAAUUCGAGUUACAAGCCAAUGGGUGAAAAUUCGAAAACCAUUACCAAGAUCCUCAAGCCAAUAGGCUUUUCAGCUUCUGUAAUGGACAACAUUCAAGAAGUAUUGGUAACUUUUGUGGCAUUGAGGUCUGAUGGGAAGGAAGUCAUGGUAGAUAACCGGUUUCUCAAGGAUAACAAUCCACUUCUGUUGAUCGACUUUUACGAGCAACAUCUCAAGUACACUACAUGACUAGGUGGAGAUUUAGAGGGAGAGUUAGUAUAUCCUCAUCUACUCGAUUGUACUUUUUGCUGGUGUACAGUUGUAAUUCUAUAGUUCCAGGAGAUAGUGUAAGAUGAUUAAUGCUGUUUUAUUCAGUAAAUUAAAGCUAGUGAUAUAGCUGUAGGCCAGUCGUCUGUAUCUCACCCCUGUACUCUUGUAUUAUUAAAUAUUUUGUACUCGCGGCUGUUAGAACUCGUGACAAUUAGAACUUGUCCGGUGCUGUACCUCUGUCAUUUCCGAUGAAUAGCAUCGUUUGUUCCAACCUCUCUUGUGUCUGAAAUUUGUAGGCUCACAGUGCAUCCUGUUUGGAGUUUGCAUCUUUUUUUCAUGAGAGACGGUAUGAUAUUCUUGGGAGAUUGGUAGAUUUUUCCUAUAGCAACGUACUUCUGGAAAAUGUCUAGAUAUAAACAACGGAUGAUGCCUGAAUGUCAUACUCUUUUUCGUUUGUAUUACUAUUGGAUAGUGGAUACUGUUUCUGAAGAUAUUGAAAAAAGAAAAAAUGUCAUUUUCAUUUCUAUUAUAUUCA